AUGGCAAGACUCACUGCCGAUGCCGACUACGAUGCCGGCGAAAUGUCUGGUAUUGUACCACAUCCACGUUCCGACUUUGGAAAUUAUCAUGCAUACAAUGGACUUUGGACUAGGUGGGUUCUUCUAAGUCUUCCUACCAAUAUUAGCAAGUUGCGAAAACAAGAUUAA